AUGACCUUCACCGGGCCGGAGCCCUGGCUCCCAGCAUUGCUGGCAGCUCAGAGGCUAAAAGUGGAGGAGAAGACCUUGGACCUGGAGUUCGAGGUCCUGAGCGUGGGCUUUAACGAGGAGGGCAGGUACGCCCUGCGGCUCUCCGCGGAGAACCCCCUGCAAGCCUGCUCUGGGGCCGGGGUGCGGCUGCAGGUGAAUGACGGGGACCCUCUCCCAGCAUGCUCAGUGGUCACCGAGGUCCUGGAGCAGCAGGAUCCUGGACAGAGCCUGGCCCUCAGCAGGAACAAGUUUACCUUCACUUUGCCCAAAGGGUUCUGCAAAAAUGACGGCCAGCAUGACGCACGGCUGCGUGUCGAGGCUCUGCGGCUGGACGGAGGGGGCUUGGGAGGGGCACCCCGGAGAGUAGGGGAGGCCAUCUUCCCCAUCUACCCGCGCCCGGACCAGCCCCGCAUGAACCCGGCCGCCCAGCAGCACGAGGACCUCUACCGUUACCACGGCAACCUGCCCCUGCUCCGGUCCAGCCAGGACCCCAGCGCACGGCACUGCGGGGCGCUGUCCUACAGCGUGGCCUUCCACGAGCACCGGGCGCAGAGGGCACCUCAGGCCCAGCCCCAGAGCCCCAGGACUCAGGUUUCAAGGAAAGCUCCAACAGAUCAUGAGGUAGAGGCUUCCUGCCGGGGCCCAGCUCAGGCCCCGCCCAGCUCCCAUGAUGACCAGCAGAGGCUCAGCCCUGAGCCAGGAUCCUGGCCACCCCAGGCCCAGCUCUGUUUUUCCUUGCGCAAGGUGAAGGCAGUGAUCCGACCAGCAGGGGUGGUCCCUGAGGGCACCGAGGGCCCUAAGGAACCUUGGAACCCCUUCCAUCUGGCCCCUUCUAAUAAGGAGACUGUGGCGAUCACUCUCCAUGGAGCUGCUGACCUUCCUCUCUGCAGAGACGGCUCGGAGCCGUGGCCUUUCGUGAUUGUAAAAACCACCCCAGAGGAAGCAGACAGCCAGAGCCCCCAAGCCAUGAGCUCUGUGGCCUCGGAACCCACCAGAACCCCCAUGUGGGAGGAGACCGUGGAGGUGGAAAUCCCAGAAGAGGAUGCAGGGCAGAAGGAUCUGGUCAUCAAGGUGAUAGACACGAAGAAGAAGAAGGAGCUGGUGUCCUACGAGAUCCCCAUCAAGUACUUAUGCAUCUUCCACCCCUACCACUUUGAGCUGGUGAAGCCCACUCAGCCCGGAAAACCCAAUGAAGAUGCUGACAAGACGCGACUCUACGCCACCAUCAUUCGGAAAAGCAGCUUUCUUCCUCGCUACAUUGGCUGUGACCACACCGCCCUGGAGGUCUUUCUCCGGGGCAUCAACGAGCCCCUGGCCAACAACACCAGCCCGAUCAUGGUGGUCGCACGCGUGGUGCCUGACUACAAUGAGUUUAAGAACAGCCGGGCCAGCCAGGAUCACAGCUUCAUGGGUCUCCCCAUCACCUCCCUCUCCUUCCCCAUCUCCUCCAUGAUGAACCUUGACGUCCCUCGGGCCAGCCCGAAUGGGUGCCCCCAGCUGUCCAGGCCUGGGAGUUCUCUGGAGCAGCCCGAAUGGAACCAGUCCUUCCUCUUCCAAGGCCGUGAUGGAGCCACCAGCUUCUCGGAGGACAGGGCAUUGGUCCUGGAGUUCUACAGCGCCAUCUCCACGAAAAGCGGGGAGCCCUGGGCCCUCGGCCCCCCUCUGGGCAUCUCUGUGCUGCCGCUGAACAACCGUCUGUACCGCAAGAUGUUGACAGGCCGAGGCCUGAGUGGGCUGCACGUGGAACGGCUUCCCAUCAGUGACACCGGCUUGAAGACCAUCACAGGCGAAGCCCCCACAGUGGAUUUCUCCCUGCAGCUGAUCUCCUCCGAGAGGCCAGAACACUUCUUGACACCUGGCAUCGUCAAGAAUCUACCCAUCCUGGACUUGAAGAUCCUCGACGAGAAACUGGGCUCCAUCCGUGAGUCCUGGUCCAAGCUGUCAGUCAACGUAGCCAGUCCAUCCGCGAUCCAGGAGUUGGAAGAGGAGCCCCAGGUGCUGGAGCUGCCCCAGGACACGGAGAUGAACAACUACCGGCGGGCCAUGCAGAAGAUGGCGGAGGACAUCCUGUCCCUGCGGAGGCAGGUCGGCAUCCUGCAGAGCGAGAACCGCGUGCUCAGGGGUCAGGUGGCCCCGCCGGAGGCCGAAGAGGAGUCCAGCCCGGAGGAGGCCGAGGAGGCCCUGGCAGCCUCCAUGAAGCAGAAAUUGCUCCUGAGCGAGCUGGACCUGAGGAAACUGAGGGAUAAGGUGCAGCACUUACAGAAUGAGCUGAUCCGGAAGAACGACCGGGAGAAGGAGCUGCUGCGCUUAUGCCAGGCCCAGCUGCCGCAGGCCGCCCUGCUGAGGCACUACCAGGACAAGAUGCAGAAGAUGAAGGGCCUGGAGGACACCGUGCGGCACCAGGAGAAGGUGAUCGAGAAGAUGGAGCGGGUGCUGGAGGACAGGCUCCACGAGAGGAGCGAGCCGCCUCCUUCAAGCUGGCCACCAGGAAAGCCCACUGCAGGUGGCCUUCUCCAUAUCCCCCGCCUGCCCACAGUUGAGAACCUGCCGGCCAACCUCUACUCCGUGCUGCUGGCUGAAAACACCAGGCUGCGGGCAGAGCUGGAGAAGAACCACCACCAGUCGGCCCCCAUUAUCCUGCAGCAACAGGCCCUGCCGGAUCUCCUGGGCAGCAGCUCUUCAGACAAGUUUAACCUGCUAGCCAAGCUGGAACGCGCUCAGAAUCGGAUCUUGGCCCUGGAAAACCUGCUGGAGGACUCGGCGCGGCGCUGGGGACGGGAGAAGCAGGACCUGGCCACGCGGCUGCAGGAGCAGGAACACGGCUUUCGGCAUGCCUCCAGCCUUGUCCUCACAGACCCGGCUAAUGUCUUCAUCUCCUCCACGGACCCCCAGCGGCCCCCAAAGCUGGAACCCCAGCAGCCGGGCAAGCCGGCGGCCUCCCCGAAGGAAGCGGCCGACUCCCCCACACCUGAACGGCCUCAUGCCUGA